AUGGUGAAGGUGAAUGCCAUUAGUCGAUCGAAUUUGGAAUGGACCAAAGAUCGAAACGGUGAAGUUCCACGUGUGAAUCGUAAUUUCGAUACAAAGUACAAUCCAAUGGCAAAACAAACCGAGUUUACACGUGCCAUUCGUGCAGCAAAGCUUGAUCGCAUGUUUGCGAAACCAUUUGUUGGCGCUCUUUCUGGUCAUCAUGAUACCAUUCAAUCGCUUGCUGUAGAUUACACGAGUUUGUCUACCGUUGUCAGUGGAGCGUUUGAUGGGAGUUUGAUAGUAUGGGAUGUUUUUACAAAACGCCCAAAAGCAAUAAUUGAUGCACAUCGACAUUCUGUUGACGGACUUGUUAUUUCUACUGAUGGUGUUGCUUGCUUUAGUGCUUCCCGUGAUAAAGUCGUUAAGAUGUGGGAUUUGGACUUUUCUUCUGAUGAUUUGAAUGCUAAACCGUUGGCUGAAUAUCUUGGAGAGUUUCCUUUUUCAUCUAUUGAUCAUCACUUUCAGAAAUCGCUAUUUGUUACUUCUUCUGAUGUUGUACAAUUAUGGGAUGUUAAUAGGACUCAACCAAUUCAACGUUUUUCUUGGGGCGAUGACACAGUCUCUUGUUGUCGAUUUAACAAAGUGCAAACAGACUUGGUUGCUUGUUGUAUGUCGGAUCGUGGUGUUUUUAUAUAUGAUGCAAGAACUCAAGCAUCACAUUCUAAAAUUAUUUUGGAGAUGUGUUGUACGAGUCUUGCAUGGAAUCCUAUGGAUCCAAAUACAUUUGUAACCGGCUCUGAUGAUCGAAACUGCUAUUUGUUUGAUGUGCGAGUUCCCGGACGCCCCAGAAGUGUCUUUCAGGGACAUAUUAAUGGUGUAACAUCAGUUGAUUUUUCCUCCACCGGAAACAAAUUUGUUGCCGCAUCGUUGGAUUCCACACUUCGAAUAUGGGAUAUUAAUCAAACUACGAAGUCGAAUUCAAUUGAAAUGUAUCAUACGAAGCGUAUGGCUAAAGUGUUCUCCGUUAAGUGGUCUCCUGAUAGUAGUUAUUUAUACAGCGGAAGUGAGGAUGCCAUUCUUCGAAUUUGGAAAGCGGAUGCAAGCAGGCCUGUUCGACCAUUACGAGGCCCUGAACGAAACAGUUUUAAUUAUAUGCGUUCUUUGAAGGAAAAGUAUUCUGGAUUCGUGGAAGUAAAGAGAAUUUCCAACCAGCGAAAUACCCCCAAGGCAAUUAGCAGAACACAACGACGAGCCAAAAAGGCAGAGAAACGUGAGUUCAUUAAGGAGGCAUCCCGAAGAAAACAUGAUGAUAUCAAGCCUCUUGCCCAACGUAAGGUUUAUCAGUCUCUUAAAUAA